GACGAUCCGGUUUUAGGAGCCCUCCAGUCCUUAGCUCGUUUAGAACGCGAGACUCUAAGCUUAUUGGAGGCCAGCUUGCUUUACGGCUCAAGGCCGCUUUUUACGGCAUUUUCCGGCUUCCCAUUCACUUCGCAGUGAAGAUGGCGUCCGGCAGCGGGACAAAAAACUUGGACUUUCGCCGAAAGUGGGACAAAGAUGAGUAUGAGAAGCUCGCCGAGAAGAGGCUCACGGAAGAGAGAGAAAAGAAGGAUGGAAAACCAGUGCAGCCAGUCAAGCGGGAGCUUCUCCGGCAUAGGGACUACAAGGUGGACCUGGAAUCCAAACUCGGGAAGACAAUUGUCAUUACCAAGACCACCCCACAAUCUGAGAUGGGAGGAUAUUACUGCAAUGUCUGUGACUGUGUGGUGAAAGACUCUAUCAACUUCCUGGAUCACAUUAAUGGAAAGAAACAUCAGCGAAACCUAGGCAUGUCUAUGCGUGUGGAACGUUCCACCUUGGAUCAGGUAAAGAAACGCUUUGAAGUCAACAAGAAGAAGAUGGAAGAGAAGCAGAAAGAUUAUGAUUUUGAGGAAAGGAUGAAGGAGCUCAGAGAAGAGGAGGAAAAGGCCAAAGCCUACAAGAAAGAGAAACAGAAGGAGAAGAAAAGGAGGGCUGAGGAGGACUUGACAUUUGAGGAGGAUGAUGAAAUGGCAGCUGUGAUGGGCUUCUCUGGUUUUGGUUCCACCAAGAAGAGUUACUGAGGCUUUCUAUGCCUGGCUUUUUGCUGGGCCUAACUUUGUGUGUGUGGGCAUCAUUUUUUGGGAGGUACUUGGGAAAUCCUUAAGAGUGGCAAUGGGGAGGGCUAGAGGGUGGGUGUUUGUGGUUGCCCUCUGCCUUGGGAGAGAGCACAGGAUGCAGAGGAAUCCUCUGUGGCAUAUUCCUUCAGCCUCAGUAUAUCACUGGAGUCACAGGACCUCUGACCAUCCAAGUUCCCAAUAAAGAAAAACCUCCUCUUCUGAGGCUGCUUUCCUGAAACUCUCCCUGCAUCUUUCCCCCUCUCUUCAUCUCUUCAUUCUCUUAUCUGAACACCCUACAUUUAUCCUGUGUUCUGCCUUUGUUUUAAUUUUGACUCUUGUUUAGCCUACAGCAGAAAGGUUCUCUGGGUCCCCACUUUCCAGUUGAUAACAUAUCCUUGACUGACCCCUGCUUUCCCCAUUCUCCCCUCACUUCCCACCUCCCCCGCCGUGGUUCUCUGGCCACUGUGCAUGCAUGUGUACCUCUGCCUGGGUCAGUGGUGUGUGCAGGUGUGUGUGCAUGAAUCUGUCACAUAGAGGGAGCCUGAGCAAGAGCCUCAGAGCAUUGCUGCCUUGGAGCCUGGUUAUCUCGGCUUCCUCAGAGCAUGUAACAGGAAAUUAAAUGGGAUGAGUGUUUGGUGUGGUAUUUGUCUGCUGAGUUUUUUAACCUUUGUUCUUCAUAUGUAGACUGUUCACCUUUUCCUGUUUGUUUCAUUUUAUUGAGGAUUGUUUUUGUCUUCCUUGUAAGCAGGCUCUUGGAAGAACCUGUUUGAUGCAAAAAAGAAAAAGGAGAAAACCUCAUAUGGGAGCCCUUGGGUCUCAGAGGCUGUUCAACAUGUAUAAUAAAUGGCAUUGACUGGGCCUAUUUCA